UCGCUCAAUCUUCGACCGGACGAGUAGUGUGUUUCCUUUAGUAAACUUGUAUUCGUAGCUUGUUGACGAUCGCGAGAGAAAAAAUUUCAUAGAAACUGCUAACGUGAUUACAGUUUUAACCUUCUGCGACAGGAUCAGGUUGUCAUAAAUUACCACAAGGGAUGUAUGUGUGCACGUAACAACUUUAUUUUUCGUUUAAAGCUUUGAUCGGUACACUGAACUCAAGUUACCGAACACCAUAAAUAAUUAGCUGAAUGGAGUUUCCAAACUUCAAGAUCUGAUUUUUUAUAAGAUAGCAAUUCCCACUAUUAAUAAAACUUUUAAAAUGAUGUUGCUGAGUGUACUGGUUUGGGUAAUCUUUAUUGCUACAUUCCAUUCAUGUCAAUGUCUAGAGGAAGGACCCAAUGUUUGUGCUAAACAAGAAACAUACCUAACAACUGUAAGAGUUUCAUAUAAUAAACCCUAUCAAAUACGUUCCUUCACAUGGUGCUUUGCUUUUCCUCCGAGAUGUUCAAGAUACAGGAUAGCAUAUACAACUGGUUAUAAAACUGAAGCCAAAGUAAAUACACGGACUGUUAAUGCUUGUUGCAAAGGCUUUGUUUUGACAGCUGAUGAAUCAAGAUGUAUACCAUUUUGCUCAAAUGCUUGUAUACAUGGUAUUUGUAUUGGGCCGGAAGAAUGUGAAUGUCAGCCUGGGUUCGGUGGACCCACCUGCAAUGUCUUAUAUCAUGCUUGUCCAGCUGGUAAAUAUGGAGCUCAGUGUGAACGAGAUUGUAUUUGUGAAAAUAAAGCACUUUGUGACCCUGUAACUGGUGUUUGUACUUGCAAACCAGGUUGGCAAGGCUCAGACUGCAGUCAACCAUGUGAUAAAAAUUAUUAUGGUUAUCACUGUGAACAAGAAUGCCGUUGUGAAAAUGGUGCGUCUUGUGAUCCUAUUUCAGGAGCUUGCAUAUGUGCUCCUGGUUACAGAGGACCAUUAUGUACAGAACCUUGCCCUGAAGGAACCCAUGGUGAAUCAUGUGCCAAUAAAUGUGACUGCCAGAAUGGUGGCACCUGUGAUCAUGUGACAGGCAGUUGUUUCUGUCCACCUGGUUGGACUGGUGCUGUUUGUGCUAAUCCAUGUUCACCUGGUUACUAUGGAGAUAAGUGUAAUGAGCGAUGUGUGUGUUAUAAUGGAGCUUCAUGUCAUCACAUAACUGGGAAGUGUACUUGCUCAGCUGGUUACCGAGGUGAACGAUGUCAAGAUGAAUGCCCCCUUGGCAUGUGGGGUUUAAAUUGCUCAAAUAAUUGCAGCUGUGAUAAUGGAGCUCAUUGUGAUCCUGUAGAUGGAACAUGCAUCUGUUCAGCUGGAUUCACAGGGGAGCACUGUGAGACCAGAUUGUGUCCUGAUGAAUAUUUUGGUGCAAAUUGUGAUCAGAUAUGUCAAUGUAAGCAAGAUAAUACUGAGUUAUGUCAUCCAUGGACAGGGCAGUGUAAAUGUUUGCCUGGUUGGACUGGUGACUAUUGUAAUAGGCCGUGCCCACCUCUCAGCUAUGGAAUAGGCUGUGAACAAACUUGUGAAUGUUUCAAUGGAGCUUUGUGUGAUCCUGUCAAUGGUACUUGCAUUUGUGAGCCUGGUUAUAUUGGGAAACAUUGUGAAGACAAAUGCCCCAGUGGUAAAUAUGGAAGAAAUUGUGCAAAUAAUUGUACAUGUGAAAAUGGUGCUUCUUGUUCACAUACUUCUGGUUAUUGUUCCUGUGAACCUGGUUUCACUGGCAUAAGUUGUAACCUUCCAUGCCCUUUGGGAAUGUAUGGGCCUCAAUGCCAAAAUAAAUGCCAGUGCCAGAAUGGUGGGGCAUGUGAUCCUAUUACAGGCAAGUGCUCAUGUAGAGCUGGAUAUAAUGGAGACAACUGUGGACAGAAAUGCAAACAUAGUACAUAUGGAAUUAAUUGCACACAGAAGUGUGACUGUGAUUGGAACAAUGCUGUUGGUUGUGAUCAUAUUACAGGAAAAUGUCUGUGUGAGAAAGGUUGGCAUGGUAUUAGAUGUGACAGUCGAUGUGAACGGGGUCAGUGGGGUCCAGAAUGCGAAAAUUCCUGUGAUUGUAAGAAUAAUUCAUCUUGUGAUAUAAUUAGUGGAUUGUGCAUUUGUGAAAGAGGCUGGACUGGCAAAAACUGUGAUGAAAAGUGUCCACAAGGUUACUUUGGAUAUAAUUGUUCAGAACCGUGCCCUUCAUGUGUUAAUAGUAAUGGAACAUGUCAUCAUGUAACUGGCCGUUGCCACUGUAAUCCUGGGUUUACUGGUCUUAGUUGCAGUGAAACUUGCCCUAAUGGACACUAUGGACCUAAAUGUGCAUCUAUAUGCAGGUGUAAAAAUUAUGGGGAGUGUAACCCUGCUACAGGAGAGUGUCAGUGUCCACCAGGGUGGAAGGGUGAUGAUUGCAGCAUACCUUGUCCAAAUGGAACAUUUGGUCUUCUUUGUAAACAAAACUGUAGCUGUUUGAAUGGUGGAAUAUGUCGUCGAAGUGAUGGAGUCUGUCGUUGUCCACCUGGUUGGAUGGGUGCUCGCUGCACUGAAGUUUGUCCUGAAGGUUAUUAUGGUGAUCAUUGUAUGCAGCAGUGUCAGUGUAAGGAAAAUUAUGUCUGCAGCCCUCUGUCAGGAUGUGUAUGUAAAUAUGGAUAUGGAGGAGAAAAUUGUGAACAACGUUUAAUGGGACAAAGUGUUCAGAAGAUGGAAGAUGAUUCAUCAACAAGUGCUGGUGUGGUAGGAGGAGUGAUUUUAGCCAUAAUCUUGUUAGUUGUAAUUGUUCUCCUUAUUAUAUAUUACAGGAGACGUUUAAAGAGGCUUAAAGAUGAAUUAGCAUAUGUGACCUAUGCUGCAGAUCCUAAUCCAUCUCCAGAUCGCAGACAUUUUGACAAUCCAGUAUAUGCUUAUCAAGGUGUUCCAGCAGGAGCAUGCAGUGCAUCAUUAAAUAAUACUGGUACUAAACAUAUAUAUAAUGAUUUAAGAAUGAAAAACAAUGUUGAAAAAGCUAAACUGGGAGAUGAAGAUUCAGAAACUUAUGUUGAAAAAGGUGCAUGUGGAGGAUAUGGUGAAGAAGUGGGCCUGAAAUCCAAAAUAGAUUUAGAGUUCAGUCGUAAUAUUUAUCAUAGUAUUGAAGAUUUAAAGCCAAAUUUAUCAAAAAAAGAACCAUUUUAUGAUGAAGUGAAAGAUAAGAACUGUGAUGUUAAAGCUUCAUCUGCUGAUGUGGAUGUGUAUGAUCACUUACAGUACAACAGGCCAACAAAUGAUAUAAAACCACAAUAUCAUAGAAUGGAAGACACCUUAAAAAAGGGACAAAAAACAGCUACUAAGGACCUCUAAUUUUGGUACUGCAUUCUGUUCAUAAUAUCAUUCCUUCAUACUUAUUGUAAGCCUCCAAACCAUUUUGCGUUCAAAAAGCAUCAUUUACAAAAACAAAAUGCAGUUCUGCCAGUUUAUCACUGGAUAAGUUCAGAAUUCUGCAAAUAUCUCACCCUGUCUCUUUUUAGCCUUAUAGUUUUUCCCAGUUUGAUUCAAUAUCCAAAGUAAUUGUUGAUUCCAAACCAUCAAAUUUAAGCAUGCAUGUGUUUGUGAUAAUUUCAUUUUAUAAUGUAUGGAACUUUUUUUUUUAAAAAAAGAGACACAUUUUGUAUAUUAUAGGACAAGAAUGAAAAGUACACAACAUGAGUAAAAAAAAAAAAAAAAAAAAAAAAAAGGAAUUGUAUAUUACCAUGUAUUUCAGGACUUGAUUUUUAAAUGUGUUUACAGCAACAAUGCUGUGGUUUACUGUUUUAAAAUCAUACAACCUUUUAAUUAUCUGUUCUUUCCAACAAUAUUUUGUAAUUUGCAUUUCAAUUUAUGGUGGAAUUUUGAUGUGUGGGUAGAUACAAUUGUGUUUUAAAUAAAUUCAGGGGAAAAUUGAUUCGUACAUAUCUUAAUAUUUAUUGUUUAUUAAUUAACAAUUAUUGCAGUUGACUAUCAGACUGAAAAGAUUGUUAUUGCACUUUUAAUUGAGCUUUUAGUAAAUGUUGAACUUUUAGAAACAUUUUUAAUAUGAAUUUAUUAAUCAGUAUCUGUAAAUAUCUGUAUAUGAGUUUUAUUUUUAUAAGUAGCAUUUAGUAUAAAAUAUAUAAACCUUAUAAGGAAGUAGUUGAAAGUUUUAAUCGUGUAAAUACCAAAUAAAACUGCCAGUAUAUUAGUAUUAGUUAAUACCAUGUAGAUCAUUACAGAGGAAUAUUUAACAAAUAUAACUGAAGCAUAAUUAAGGAGAGAACAGUUUGGAAACAAAAGUUACCUGUUUUUACAUAGGUAGAAAAAAAUCAGUGUUUUAUAAACAUCUUCUCCCCCUCCCCCAGGUUUGCAUAUGUAAUUGAAAAUAGCUAAUAAUGCACACUUUUAAGCAUUUUUUGGUGUAAUCAAGCUGUUGAAUUUUUAAAGAAAAUAUUUUAUACAAGUUUAACACAUUAAAUAUUGUUUCUUUUAUUAGAUUUUAUUAAAUUAAAAAGUGUUUUAUGGCUUUAGUUCUUGGUUCACCUGUGGUCAUAAAUGUUUGAUUAUUUGUAUUAAAAGUGAUUUUUAUAAGUUGUAGAAUUGUGAAUUUCAGAUAUGUAUGCAUAAUUUAAAUAUUUUUCCCAUAGAGAGUUAACAGUAUAAUGUAACUAGAAACUGCAGCUAGUUAUUAAACUUUUAAACUUA